AUAUCUUUUGGCUGUAUAAAACCCACACAAAAUAAGUGUCAGUUCGCACUUUCUGUCAGUCCAGCGCUCCUGUUAGGAGGAGGAGAGACACCGGUCCUCCCCUUUAAAACGAAAGGAUGGAGAACGCACACAUAAAGGUUCCAGAAGAAUGUCUGGCCUACUUUGGAGUGAAUGAAACUACUGGCCUCACUCCUGACCAGUUCAAGAAGAACCUCGCCAAGUUUGGCUACAAUGAGCUCCCCGCUGAGGAGGGAAAGUCCAUCUGGGAGUUGGUUAUUGAACAGUUUGAAGAUCUGUUGGUCAGAAUUCUGUUGCUGGCUGCCUGCAUCUCCUUUGUACUGGCCUGGUUUGAGGAAGGCGAGGAGACAGUCACUGCCUUUGUAGAACCCUUCGUUAUCCUCCUUAUCCUUAUCGCCAAUGCCGUGGUGGGAGUCUGGCAGGAACGCAAUGCAGAGAGCGCCAUUGAGGCUCUGAAGGAGUACGAGCCUGAGAUGGGCAAGGUAUACCGUUCCGACAGGAAGAGCGUCCAGAGGAUCAAGGCCAGAGAAAUCGUUCCCGGAGAUAUUGUGGAAGUCUCUGUUGGUGACAAGGUCCCUGCUGACAUCAGGAUCACGGCUAUCCGUUCCACAACUCUGCGUGUUGACCAGUCCAUCCUUACUGGCGAGUCCGUGAGUGUGAUCAAGCACACUGAAGCUGUCCCCGACCCCAGAGCUGUCAACCAGGACAAGAAGAACAUGCUUUUCUCUGGUACCAAUAUCGCUGCAGGCAAGGCCAUUGGUGUAGCCGUAGCCACUGGUGUCGCAACUGAGAUUGGUAAAAUUCGUGACCAGAUGGCCGCCACAGAGCAGGAGAAGACGCCACUGCAGCAGAAGCUGGACGAGUUUGGCGAGCAGCUGUCCAAGGUCAUCUCCCUCAUCUGCGUGGCCGUGUGGAUGAUCAACAUCGGCCACUUCAACGACCCCGUCCAUGGAGGCUCCUGGAUCCGUGGAGCUGUGUACUACUUCAAGAUCGCUGUGGCCCUGGCCGUGGCUGCUAUCCCCGAGGGUCUGCCUGCUGUCAUCACCACUUGUCUGGCCCUUGGCACCCGCCGUAUGGCCAAAAAGAACGCCAUUGUCAGAAGUCUGCCCUCUGUGGAAACCCUUGGCUGCACUUCAGUCAUCUGCUCAGACAAGACAGGCACCCUCACCACCAACCAGAUGUGUGUGACUAAGAUGUUUGUCAUUGAGAAAGUGGAGGGCGAUCACGUCGCCCUGGAUGAGUUCAACAUCUCUGGCUCCAAGUACACCCCAGAGGGAGAAGUGACCAAAGAUGGUGCUCAUCUGAAAUGUGGUCAGUAUGAUGGUCUGGUUGAGCUGUCGACCAUCUGUGCUCUGUGUAACGACUCUUCUCUGGACUACAACGAAUCGAAGGGCAUCUAUGAGAAGGUUGGUGAAGCUACAGAGACUGCCCUGUGCUGCCUGGUGGAGAAGAUGAAUGUGUUCAACACCGAGGUGAAAUCCCUGUCCAAGGUGGAGAGGGCCAAUGCUUGCUGCACUGUAAUCAAGCAGCUGAUGAAGAAGGAGUUCACUCUAGAGUUCUCUCGUGACAGGAAGUCUAUGUCUGUCUACUGCACCCCCGCAAAAUCCCGUGCAGCAGUGGGCGCUAAGAUGUUUGUCAAGGGUGCCCCUGAGGGUGUGAUUGACAGGUGUGCCUAUGUUCGUGUUGGCACCACCCGUGUGCCACUGACUAGCAUCGUCAAGGAUAAGAUCAUGGCUGUCAUCAAGGAAUGGGGUACUGGCAGAGACACUCUUCGUUGCUUGGCACUGGCCACCCGUGACACCCCUCCAAAGGUUGAGGAAAUGAACCUGGAAGAUUCUACUAAGUUUGCCAACUAUGAGGUUGACCUGACCUUUGUUGGUUGUGUGGGUAUGCUGGAUCCCCCUCGUAAGGAGGUCACUGGCUCCAUCCAGCUCUGCAGGGAUGCAGGCAUCCGUGUCAUCAUGAUCACCGGUGAUAACAAGGGCACUGCCGUGGCCAUCUGCCGCCGCAUCGGCAUCUUCGGAGAGGACGAGGACGUGACGGGACGUGCCUACACCGGCCGUGAAUUUGAUGACCUGCCUUCCUAUGAGCAGAGAGAUGCUGUGCGCAAUGCUUCUUGCUUCGCUCGUGUGGAACCCUCCCACAAGAGCAAGAUCGUGGAGUACCUGCAGAGCUUUGAUGAGAUCACUGCUAUGACUGGUGAUGGUGUGAAUGAUGCCCCUGCCCUGAAGAAAGCCGAGAUUGGCAUUGCUAUGGGCUCUGGCACUGCCGUUGCCAAGUCUGCCUCUGAGAUGGUCCUGGCUGAUGACAACUUUUCUUCCAUUGUGGCUGCUGUAGAGGAGGGCAGAGCCAUCUACAACAACAUGAAGCAGUUCAUCCGCUACCUCAUCUCCUCCAAUGUUGGAGAGGUUGUAUGUAUCUUCCUGACCGCUGCCCUGGGUCUGCCUGAGGCCCUGAUCCCUGUGCAGCUGCUGUGGGUGAACUUGGUCACAGAUGGUCUGCCUGCCACUGCCCUGGGUUUCAACCCCCCUGACCUUGACAUCAUGGGCAAGGCUCCCCGCUCCCCCAAGGAGCCCCUCAUCUCUGGCUGGCUCUUCUUCAGAUACAUGGCCAUUGGAGGCUAUGUGGGUGCUGCUACUGUUGGUGCUGCAGCCUAUUGGUUCAUGUAUGAUGAUGAAGGUCCUGGUGUGACAUACCACCAGCUGUCUCAUUUUAUGCAGUGCCAUGAUGAAAAUGAAGACUUCACUGGCGUCGAAUGUGAGGUUUUUGAGGCAGCUCCACCAAUGACCAUGGCCCUGUCUGUGCUGGUCACCAUUGAGAUGUGCAACGCCCUCAACAGCUUGUCUGAGAACCAGUCUCUGGUUCGUAUGCCUCCCUGGAGCAACGGAUGGCUGGUAGCAGCCAUGACCCUCUCCAUGUCCCUCCACUUCAUGAUCAUCUACGUCGACCCCCUGCCCAUGGUCUUCAAGCUGACUCACUUGAAUGUCGAACAGUGGUUGGUUGUGUUGAAACUAUCCAUCCCAGUCAUCCUGAUUGAUGAGGUUCUGAAGUUUGUUGCCCGCAACUACCUGGAAGUACGCCCAUGAAAAUCCUAGCGACAAAGAAGCGGAAUUGAGAGGAGGAAGAAGAGGAAGACGAAAUGAGGAUAGGAGCUGCUCCAAAGAGCAAAAAGCCCAGCUAGUCACUGGAAGAGAGGGAAUUAAAAACAAAAAUCAAGAAAAAAGCACAAAACCAAAAAAAAAAAAAAAAACCCAUAAAAAAAAACU